GGAUGGAAAGAGGAAGGGAGAGUCAAUCUUUGAUUUUUCUGAAGAAAAAAAAAUUAAUUAAUUAAAUUAAAGUUUAGGUCAAAGUGGUAAAGUUAUUCUGUUUCCUUUGAAAUUGAGUUUUGUUUAGAAAUCACGACAACUGAAACUUGAAACUUUGUAUGUGACGUUCACCGGAGGUGACGGAAAGCGUGUCGCCCUUCGGAAUCAGAAAAUUGCUUCACCGCCGCGGAACACCAGAUGGAAAACUCAUCUCAACAGAAUGAGAAAUACAUUCCUAACUCUGCAUCUCAUGUGGGAGAAGACAGUGAACGCGUCAGGCUUGUUAUUUCCAGUGAGCCCAGGGCAGCGGAACUGGAUGACAUCUUACAACCUCAUCCACAUCAAGAGGCAACGGAUACAACUAUCAUCUGGUGGAUCAAAGCCAUUUUUAUCUUCAUUCUCAUUCUUAUAUUGUUUCUCGUCUUCCUGAAAUGGGGCAUGCCAUUUCUCUUCAAGAAGGGCAUGUACUACAAUUGGUUUUUCUCAUCUUAAAUUGAGUAUUUAUGCUCAUUGCUUUCAUAAAUAAACAUUUAACCAUUCCAAAGGAACUGCAGGUAUUACUAACUUGCGACCAAUUUAAUCUAUAUGGGGAGUCGCUCUCUACCAUUUCAAAAAAAAUUUCCUUCUAUCUUUCCAACCAUGUUAUGCAUAUUGGAAGACGGGCACAAUUUUGCAUCCUUGAGCAUACACCCCGUGGGAUGGCUUAACAUUUUUGCCAAAAUUAUUGUAGGUUCUUUUCCCAAUCAUGCAAUGGGAAGCCACUGCCUUUGGUCACCCUGUUCUAGCAGCCAUUCUUGUUGGUUCUCUAGCCUUGUUUCCAGUGUUUUUAAUACCUUCCGGCCCUUCCAUGUGGUUAGCUGGGAUGAUUUUUGGCUAUGGUCUUGGGUUCAUUAUAAUUAUGGCAGGAACAACCAUAGGGAUGGUCCUUCCAUAUUUAAUUGGGUUACUGUUCCGUGAUCGAAUCCAUCAUUGGUUAAAAAGAUGGCCCCAGAAAGCUGCUAUGCUUAGACUUGCAGGAGAAGGAAGCUGGUUCCAUCAAUUUCGAGUGGUUGCUCUCUUUAGGGUUUCUCCAUUUCCAUACACAGUGUUCAACUAUGUCGUUGUUGUAACAAAUAUGAGGUUUUGGCCCUAUUUAUGUGGAUCAAUUGCUGGAAUGGUGCCCGAAGCUUUCAUCUACAUUUAUAGUGGUCGGUUAAUAAGGACAUAUGCUGAUGUUAAAUAUGGGAACCAUCACUUGACUGCUGUGGAAAUCAUAUACGACAUUAUUUCCUUCGUCAUAGCAGUUAUUACAACUAUUGCUUUUACGGUUUAUGCAAAAAGAGCCUUAAACGACCUGGAAAGAGCCGAGACACCGGGAGAAGAAGUUUCAGCCUCUACUCAGAGUGGCUUUGAGCUGGAGAAACUUCCUCUUGAAAGACCUAAGCAGCUGGGUGUGUCAUCAUUUUCGUUAUAGCCGUCAUCCCAUGGAAUAGUGUAUGUAAAAGUUGAAAUUAUUCCUUAACAGAAAAUAUAGUAGGAAUCUUCUUCUUGUGUAGGAGAAUAGAACUGAGGAUUUCAAAUAUCAUGUGCUAGACAGUUGUGCUGAUGUUGAUGCUGUACAUUUUUAGACAUAAAAAGGCAAUAGAUGUUCAUAAGUCAA